AUGACUUUGGAGAACAAGAAACCACUAGGAAACAACGGAGAUGAUCAAAAGAAGUGGUGUUCACAUAACGGACGAGAUUAUUUUCGUCUCCUUGGUGAAAGCGAGUAUGCAUACUACGUGCCAGCUUCGCGCGAUGGGUUGAACGACAUGUUUCUUCACUCCUCUUUCACGGUCAAAUCCAAAGAAACAGUGAUGGAUCCGUCCAGGAUAGCUGUUUGUUGGGCUAUAACUCGUUCCCAUCAUCCUUUACUCAUGGCCAAAGUCAUCCGGGAUCGAAAUUCGCAAACUUCCGAGGACGAACCGUUUUCACCUCCAGAAGACGCGGUAAAAGAGGCUACAGAGAGCUUGGUAUUCAAUACUUUAUCCAAGGAUGAACUGAUAUCCAACUACCUCAAUGGUUCCCGUACACUAUCUGACGAGCGCAUGUCAUAUCUGGUUAUAUCAACAUCCUCAGAUCUCGAACCGUCCGCCAACAAUGAUGAAGGAAAGUAUGAUCUCUUGAUGUGUGCCCCUCAUUUCAUCGGAGACGGCGCUUCACUUCAUCAGUGUACGCACGAACUGAUGACCUUGUUGUCCUCUCCUCAAACGACUCAUGACCUUGCCCAAAGUUUGAUACGGCCUCCGAAUUGGGUACUCUUAGUUGACCUCCUCCCUCCCGCACUUGAAAGCCGCCUGCCAGUGUUAUCUAGUAGGAUUGGUAAAGCCACAGCGAAAGUCAACUAUCUUCAGACUUUGCACAGAGAAAUCGGCGGCCACACUUUGCGGCGACAACAACGCGAACCUAAGAAGACAGUCAUGGUAGAAAAAUCAUUCUCCGAAGAAGAUACUGUGAAAAUACUCGCUAAGUGCAAACAAAGUGGGGUCACUAUCAAUCAUGCCUUGUUCGCAUUGUGCAAUGUCGCCUGGGGACAUUCGAAUUUGGACUUUCGAGCUGUUGAAUCACCAAUAAUGAUGUAUACCGCACUAAACCUUCGUCCCUAUUUAACCCUACACCCGUCAUCCACAUACUGGUUCCUCGCCCUCACCUACUUCAACGUUGUCCUACCCUCUUUCGUACCAGGUACUAUCGCCGCAUUUUGGAACCGAGCACGUUCGGUCAAGGCGCAAACACGGAAAGUUGUACAGUCCCCCUUCCUUCCUUCCCGAGCUAUGACGGGAGCUAGAACAAGGGCAGCGAAAGCGAAAGGUAUACUUUCCACCGUUUCGACCUCUAACGUUGCCUCCGCCACGGAUACAGCAGAAUCUCUUCCUGCGUCUAUCAAUGAUGUUCAGGCGGCAAGUGGAAGCAUCAAGCUUCCUCCAGCUCCGAGCGCCGCACUUUUUGGCUUAUCGUUGAUUGGAAACUUGGACAACAUAUAUACGCAAUCUGCUUCCUACUCCCGCAAACACAUCUCGCCCACAUCCGCCUCCGCUUCCCCUCGACAGAAACCCGGGGGUCUUCUUCUCCUCGAACACACAUUCGCGAAGAAAUUAUGGCUACAUUUGUGUUGGGAUGUAAAUGGGUUCGAGAUCGGACACAUUGAGAGGUUUUGGGAGUGCUUGGAAGAUGCAGUGGAGGAGUUGUUGAUAUCUUCUUAG